CUAGUACCGAACUAAAUUCAUUCACGUUGUGACUUUUUUCGCCAAUUGUUCGCUCCUUUCGCCCUCCCCUUACCCCUCUCUCCCUCUUUUUUCUCUCUCAUCUUCUCGUCUCUUUAUGAAGGGAAUCCACCCGACCCAAACUGCCCCGGGAGUCUCUCAGCAACUCCAAUAGUUUCCAUAAUGAAGCCAGCAACCGCUACAAAGUCCCCCAAUGGUCGUGGGAGCCUCUACAAGGAGGUUCGCUUUUCGCCUACACCAACUCCCGUCCGUCGAACACAGUCAGUACCGGACACUCAUCUCGACUCGAGGCCAAACUAUACUGGCGGCCCAGAUAUAGAAGCAGCCAGUUAUUCGGUUGUAAGCGCCGAAUACCUAAGUCAAGUGCGGUCGCUCCUCGAUCGCCAGCGGGCAAACUUCGAGCAUGAGAGGAAGCUAUUCAACGAGGAACGCCAUCUAUGGGAGAAUGAGCGUGCGUUACUAAACCAGAGGAUCUCUGAAUUAGAGUCGCUGCUCAAGGGUAGGGGAUCCACAGGGACCGCCGCUACUAGUACAGUCGCGCUCCCGACCGGCACUUUUCAACAUCAUGUAUCAUUAUCAUCUGCAUUUCACAGCCAAUUCAGUCACCCAUUUUCGGCAGAACAUACUGAUUCUUCUCACCCGACAAGUACCCAAGUGUGGGAAGGCUCUAGCCCUGGAAGCAAACCCACGAGGGUAUUCCCUAACGCCGAGAAGACAGACUUCUCAGGUCUCCUAUUUCCGGAGCAAGGAGGCAAUCCAUCGGUCUCUGCGCCAUCCUUGGACGCUGCCCUUUCACCUAAGUCCCGUGCGACUGACUUGACCUCGAGCACAUGCGUGCCAGUCCCAAUUGAGAGGCUUGAUAGCAAACUUGACGGGAUCACGCUCAAGUCCUCGGCUUUGCCGCCAGAAAUUGUCGCUCGAGUAAUUACGCCACCAUCGCCACCAUCCCUCGAGGGCUCUCCAUCACUUUCUUCCAGACCCUCUGCUGAGCACCGCAACAGCCUCAAACUGAAACUGUCUGAACUUGGGCCCCCAGAGUUUAACCUGACCAGGAACGCCGGUCACACACCCAUGGCUAGGAUCGAUCGGGACGUCGACACGGAGCAGCCGUCACCCCAGGAGACCACGAACGAGGAGGAACCCCUCGCUUCGGAAGCGCCUCGGCAACCUGCAGAAAACUCCGACUCGUACUUUGGGGAUUUGGCGGAUGACCCUGCCCUGAAGGGGCCACUUACCUUGCUGAAUGAGGAAGAGCAUGAUAGUGAGUUUCUGAAGGAGCUUGAUCAGAAGCUUCUGGACCAGGUCAAGCAGGCCCUUGGCUAUCCCCGAAGCACUGAUCAGAAACAGGCUGAAGUCGAGCCCCCCAGUCAGGGUGAUGAGCCCGAAUUAAGGUUCAAGAAUACGACGAACUUUGGUACGGCUUUUGGAAAUUCGGACUGUGGGAAGGUGUAGGGUAGGAGGGAAGGAUUACCGUGCGGUCGCAGAUAUUUUGUUGUGGAUGUUAAACCUCAUAAGCUCAUAGCCACAUUUGGACUUUGGUUACGAUGGACCCCAGAU